AUGACGUUACAGCACUUUUUUAGUGAGAGCACUUCAAAUGAGCUGAAACAGCUGAAAUCAUCCCAGCAGGUUCUGCUGGAGGAGAAUCAGAACCUGACAAACCUCAACAACAAACUCAGUUCAGACAAAUCCAACCUGACUUCGGUUUCCAUGGCCUUAAAAAACAACAUCACCACACUGACAGCAGAGAAUCACAACCUGACUUCGCUUAAUGAGGAGCUGAAGGAACAAAAGAAAAACCUCACAGAAAUAAUAAAAAACAUGGAGGAAACCUGGGAUGGUCUCAAUGUCAGUCGAGCUCAAUGGAGCAUUGAUGCAUACUGUCCUAAAACAAAUGCUGGGAGAAGUUGCAAUAAUUGCCAGAAAGGCUGGAAUCACAAACUUUCCAGCUGUUAUGCUUUUAACGAUGCUCCACCGUCUAGUCAACUGACCUGGGAAGAUGCACGAGAAAUCUGCAAACAGAUGAUUUCAGAUCUGACUGUUGUUUCUAACCAGGCAGAAAAGGAUUUUGUCCAAACACAAAGUCCUGUUCAAUCAGGCAUUAAUGGAUACUGGAUUGGUCUCAGAGCUGUAGGAGUGAAAUGGAAAUGGACUGAUGGAAGUGAUCUGACCAAUCAGUGA